AUGGACCCGCUUCGGGAAGUUCUCCGCAAAAACCGCUGUCGUCGACUGGAUGUGAACAAUAAUGACCCUGAAGUCGUGUCGCAGCAAGUUCUGACCAACGCGCUAUGGAAGGCGAAUGCUACUCCUCAGUCGCUCCUGACCAAGGAUGCUCAUAAAAUAACACGACUUACCUUUAUGAUGAGGCAAUUUCAGGGCCUACACAGCUGA